AUGAAGCAUUUGUCAGCCAUGAAUUCCCUUGUAUUGGACAGGAUUGAUGGAACACAUACAGAUCCCAUAAAGGACACAAUGGAUGCCAUUCAAGUCACUCCUGAUUCAGAGCUUUCUCCUUCAAUUGCCACCAGUACGUCCUGCUUGUCUUCCCAACAGGGGAAGGUUCCUCUCCGCCUUGCCUCCUGUGGCAAUGGCUGUGGGGUUCCCCCUCAGGCUUCUGUGAAGCAGAAGCAGCCCCAGGCCUCAAAGAAGCAGCGCAUCAGCUCCACUUCCUCCAUCUGCACCACCAGCAGUAAGAAGAGCUGCAAGUCAACAGCUUCUCAGAUUCAGGAGGUGGCUGGAGAUGAUUCUUGUACUCUAUGUGCCCUGGCCUGCCUCUUUUGUGAGUUCAUGACCAUCUGCUCCCUCCUCCUGGAAUGUGGGGCCUGUAGGGGCUGCCUAGAGGCUUGCUGCAGCGGGGAAGGAGGGGAGCCACUAUCUGAAGGCUGCUGUGGAGAGGCAGGUGGUGGGAAUUGCCCCUGUGGUUUGGGCUGCGGGAUGCUGCAAGAUUGCUGUGGUUCCUCGGACUGUCUUGAGAUCUGCCUGGAAUGCUGUUCCAUCUGCUUCCCAGCUUAG